CUCAUUACUCAACGUUGAUUCAACCACCUUUACAGUUUGGUAUACCAAUUCACAGCCAAAAUGCCGCCCGGGCUCAAUUUGCUUACAACCAGGACGGCCGUCCCUGUCCUCCGCCAGUCGACCACCGCAUUCGCCGCGCAACGUUACGCCGCCCUCAGCCGACCAUGCAACCGGUCCAGCCUACAGUUGUCGGUCGGUGAACAACGGAGAUGGAAUUCAGACAAGAAGAACUUAGAAGAAGCUCAGCGUAAAGCAGUGUCAAUGCCGCACGUUAGCGAAGAGGCGGCGGAGGUCGACAAGAUAAUGAACAAGGAGAAAUGGUGCGAUGGGACCCCAUCAAGUCCGGAGUUAGAGCAGGGAACGCCUGUUUCCGAGAUCCUCUCCCGCGACAAGGAAGCCCAAAAACACGCCCCCAAAGUCUUCCAGGACCAGAUGAAGAAGCCAUCCGGCUCGCGAUCCUUCUCGACAUCUACCGGCCGCAGUCAGCUCGAAGAACGAAAAGGCGCCUCGACUAACUCUACUCCUCCUUCCAUGUCUGAAGCUGACCAGACCGCGCUCCUCGAGAGCAUGAUCACGCAAGUUACCGAGGAAACUCAGGCGCUGAUGCCUGGCCUGAAAUUCCCGGCUCCGGAGUCCAUUCCGCGCACUGAGAACUUCCGUUCCCGGUAUGAGCCGGUCGUGGAGCAGUUCACGAAGAACUUGAUGAGAGAUGGGAAGCUGGCGACUGCUCAGAAGAACAUGAACAUAAUCCUCGACAUCCUCCGCUCCUCUCCACCUCCCCAAAUCAACCCUCGCCGCCCCCUCCUCCCUGGCCCAGCCCCCGCCCAACUCCCACUCAACCCCAUCGCAUACCUGACAUUGAUUGUCGACUCCGUGGCGCCCCUGAUCAAACUGCACCACGCCAAGGGUAUCGCGGGUGGUGGUAACACAAUGCAGAUCCCGCUCGCAUUGGCAGAGAAGCAGCGCCGCCGCGCAGCUAUUGGGUGGAUUAUCGACGCGAGCAAUAAACGGCGUGAUGCGAAAUUGGCACAUCGCGUGGCGAAUGAGCUUAUCGCUGUUGCGGAGGGGCGAAGUGGCGUUUGGGAGAAGAGGGAUGGAGUGCAUAAACUGGGUAUUGCGGCUAGGGUAAAUAUUGGUGCGAAGCCGAAGAAGAUUAAUAAGAAUGGAUGGGUGUGAACUGUGAACUGAUUGCUAUGAGACGGUGUUCCACGAGAGAGCAAGAGUUGAGGGCCAGGCAGGCUAUGGGCUUGACUAACUGGAAGGUAUCGCAUAUUGCCGGGUCCCGAUACCACUCCACUCUUCUCUUCUCUUCUCAGGCUUAUUUGUGUACUUUUAGGAUGGGCAUUUUGUUGCAAUUUUCUUUAUCUAUGGUUAGAAGUAUAGUUGGACUAUUGUAUGUUCUAUUCAAGCAAGUAGAAGAAAAAGA